AAAUCCUCUUUUCCCUCCCGCCCUCUCUCUCUCUCUAAAAUCCGUCGCUCACCCUUUCGUUUCCUCUCUCCGACAUUCAUUCUCUUUCAGGCUUCUCCAUUCGCUUUCAAUCUAGUGUUUUGCCCUCUCAUCUCAAUCCAUCUCUUGAUUUAUAGGGCUUUUUUUUUUUUUUUUUUUUGAAUUUCUCUUCCAUACAUGUCGUGGGAAGAUGAGACAGUGGGCCCUGAUAUCGCCAGUGCGGGCCGUCUCAUCAGCGACCGCAUUGGCAGAGAUGUCGCGGCCCAGCUCGAUCUUGAAGAAGCUCUAGAGGCUUCCAGAUACGCCAGCCAUCCCUACUCGUCCCAUCCCAAAGAGUGGCCUCCAUUGGUUGAGGUGGUAGAUACUCGAGAGUUGCCUCCUGUACUUAUUGAAAGAUAUAAUGCAGCUGGCGGGGAGGGAACUGCUUUAUGUGGCAUUUUUCCCGAGAUACGCCGAGCUUGGGCAUCAGUGGAUAAUUCAUUGUUUCUAUGGCGUUUUGACAAGUGGGAUGGUCAGUGCCCUGAAUAUAGCGUUGAGGAGCAAGCUAUUUGCGCUGUUGGCCUUGUCAAAUCUAAGCGUGGAAUUUUCGUGGGAGCCAUCCAAUAUCUUUUAGUGUUAGCCACUCCUGUUGAGUUGAUUCUCGUAGGAGUAUGCUGCACCGGAAGGGGGGAGGGAACAGAUCCAUAUGUGGAGCUUUCCUUGCAGCCUUUACCAGAGUACACGAUACCAUCUGAUGGAGUCACUAUGACCUGCAUUACAUGUACAGAUAAGGGUCAUAUUUUCCUCGCAGGCCGUGAUGGACAUAUUUAUGAGAUGCAGUAUACAACUGGCUCGGGCUGGCACAAACGUUGUCGUAAAGUUUGCCUCACAGCAGGUCUGGGUAGUCUUAUUUCAAGGUGGGUCUUACCAAAUGUUUUUAAAUUUGGAGCCGUUGAUCCAAUUGUUGAGAUGGUUGUUGAUAAUGAAAGACAUAUUCUAUAUGCACGAACUGAAGAUAUGAAACUUCAGGUGUUUGAUCUGGGAGUAAAUGGCGAUGGCCCACUUAAGAGAAUUGCUGAAGAGAGGAAUUUGAUUGAUCAGAGGGACGGACAAUAUGGUGGUCGGCGGUCUGCAGGAUCAAGAGCGGUUUCUCGGGCAGCAAAACCAUCUAUAGUUUGCAUUGCGCCUUUAUCUACAUUGGAAUCAAAGUGGCUGCAUCUCGUUGCUGUUUUGUCAGAUGGGAGAAGAAUGUACCUUUCCACUGCUCCAUCUGGUGGGAAUAACAGUUCUGUUGGAGGCUUGGCUGGACUAAGCAAUGCUCAUCAAAGACCAUGCUGCCUAAAAGCUGUAACAAUCAGGCCUUCACCUCCUUUAGGGGUUGGAGGUGGGCUUACUUAUGGGUCUGUAGCUGGUAGAUCCCAGACUGACGAUCUGACCUUGAAAAUAGAAACAGCCUAUUAUUCUGCCGGCACUCUUGUCCUUUCCGAUUCCUCACCCCCUACCAUGUCCUCUCUUCUGAUCAUCAACAGGGAUCCAAGUACACAAUCAUCUAUAUCUAGUAACUUUGGAAUGAGCUCAAGAAGUUCUCGAGCAUUGCGGGAAUCAGUAUCAUCCCUACCCAUAGAGGGCCGGAUGCUUUUUGUCACUGAUGUUUUACCGCUGCCAGAUAUGGCAGAUACUGUGCUGUCAUUGUAUUCAGAUGUAGAAUCUUGUGUAUUUGAAGGUUCACGGGAGUCAUGUGAAAAGGCAACUGUGAAACUUUGGGCUAGAGGGGAUCUGGCAACUCAACAUAUCUUACCGAGGAGGAGAGUUGUUGCGUUCAGUACCAUGGGCAUGAUGGAAGUCGUUUUCAACAGGCCAGUGGACAUUCUGCGGAGGUUGUUAGAGUCCAAUGCACCAAGAUCAAUAUUAGAAGAUUUCUUCAAUCGUUUUGGAGCUGGAGAGGCUGCUGCAAUGUGUUUAAUGCUGGCUGCAAAGCUGGUCUAUGUCGAGGACAACCUAAUUAGCAACACAAUUGCUGAAAAGGCAGCUGAAGCAUUUGAGGAUCCGAGAGUUGUUGGAAUGCCGCAACUCGAAGGUAGCAGUGCAUUGGCAAACACCAGAACUCCGCCUGGAGGCUUCAGCAUGGGGCAGGUUGUUCAAGAGGCUGAGCCUGUUUUUUCUGGUGCCCACGAAGGCCUUUGCUUGUGCUCAUCGAGGUUGCUUUAUCCUGUGUGGGAGCUUCCUGUUAUGAUUGUCAGAGGUGAAGUUGGUUCUGAUGUUGGGCCUGAAAAAGGGGUGGUUGUCUGCCGACUCUCUGUUGGGGCGAUGCAAGUGAUGGAAAGCAAGAUUCGCUCCUUAGAGCAGUUUUUAAGGUCGAGAAGAAACCAGAGAAGGGGGCUCUAUGGUUGUGUUGCUGGCAUGGGAGAUAUAACCGGUUCUAUUUUGUAUGGAACUAGUUCUGAUUUAGGAGCUGGGGACCGUAAUAUGGUAAGGAAUUUGUUUGGUACAUAUUCUCGAAAUAUGGAGUCAAGUAAUGGUGUCACAUCUGGAAAACGUCAACGACUUCCAUACUCUCCUGCAGAAUUGGCUGCGAUGGAGGUCAGGGCGAUGGAAUGUGUUAGGCGGUUGCUCCGAAGGUCUGGUGAAGCUCUCUUUCUACUUCAUCUUCUUUCACAUCAUCAUGUUGCACGGUUGGUACAGUCCUUAGAUGCUAAUCUACGCCAACAACUAGUUCAGUUGACGUUCCAUCAACUAGUUUGUUCCGAAGAGGGUGACCUGCUUGCGACAAGGCUUAUAGCUGCGCUUAUGCAGUAUUAUGUGGGUCCUGAUGGAAGGGGGACAGUCGAUGAUAUCAGUGGGAAACUACGGGAAGGUUGUCCUAGCUAUUACAAUGAAUCGGACUACAAAUUUUUCCUAGCAGUUGAGUGUCUCGAGAGAGCUGCUGUCACAGCUGAUGCUGAGGAGAAGGACAAACUUGCAAGAGAUGCUUUCAGCUUCUUAACCAAAGUUCCGGACUCUGCAGAUUUGGGCACUGUAUGCAAACGAUUUGAAGACUUAAGGUUUUAUGAAGCCGUUGUCCAAUUACCACUGCAGAAAGCUCAGGCUCUUGAUCCAUCAGGCGAUGCUCUCAAUGAAAAGGUUGAUGCAAGCCGCCGAGAAAAUGCACUUGCUCAACGUAAGCAAUGCUAUGAGAUAAUCAUCAAUGCACUGCGUUCUUUAAAGGGUGAUGUUGGCAGAGGAUCACAGAGGGAGUUUGGCACUCCUGUUCGACCUGCUGGUACACGACCUGUCCUUGAUCAGGCUUCGCGGGAUACAUGCAUUCGCCAGAUUGUUCAACUUAGUGUUCAGUGGCCUGACAGAGCCUUUCACGAGCAUUUGUACAGGGCGAUGAUUGAUAUGGGCCUGGAAAAUGAAUUGUUGGAGUAUGGAGGUUCUGAUUUAGUACCUUUUCUGCAGAGUGCUGGCCGGGAGCCGAUACAAGAGGUUCAGGCUAUUUCCACAAUAAUAUCAGCGGCUUCUCCCAUAGGGCAUAUGCAGGAAUCUACUCCUAACAUUGCCAAGUAUCUUGAACUUCUAGCACGGUAUUAUGUCUUGAAGCGGCAGCAUAUCCUUGCAGCUCACGUCUUGUUAAGAUUGGCAGAAAGGCGCCACGCUAAUGCAAGUUACGGCCCUACAUUAGAACAGAGGCGCCAGUACCUCAUUAAUGCUGUUCUGCAGGCAAAAAACGCCAGUAGCAUCAGUGGUCCUGGAAGUUCUGCUGAGGGUAGUUAUGAUAAUGGAUUGUUGGAUUUGGUUGAAGGGAAGCUUGCGGUUCUUCGUUUUCAAAUGAAAAUCAAAGAAGAAUUGGAGGCAAUAGCAUCAAGGUUGGAAGAUUCUUCUGGCACUAAUGGGUCACCUUCAGAUGAUGCCUCCCCCCAAAGGAACCUGGUGGCUGAUGCCAAUAUUGCAAAUGCUGCUAGAGACAAAACUAAAGAGUUAUCACUAGAUUUGAAGAGUAUUACCCAAUUAUAUAAUGAAUAUGCAGUUCCAUUUGAGCUUUGGGAGAUAUGCCUGGAAAUGCUAAACUUUGCAAAUUAUUCUGGAGACAUUGAUAGUGCUAUCGUUAGAGAAACCUGGGCUAGACUCCUUGAUCAAGCUCUUUCAAGGGGUGGUGUUGCAGAAGCUUGCGCUGUGAUAAAGAGGGUGGGAUCCCAGCUUUAUCCUGGAGAUGGGGCUUCCCUACCUUUAGAUAAUCUGUGUCUUCAUCUUGAGAAGGCAGCACUGGAGCGAUUUGUCUCAGGAGCUGAACUUGUCGGGGAUGAGGAUGUUGCGAGGGCUCUUCUGGCAGCUUGCAAGGGUGCAGCUGAACCUGUAUUGAGCGUUUAUGAUAAAUUGUUAACAAAUGGAGCUAUUUUUCCAUCACUGAAGCUCAGGUUACGCCUACUCCGGUCAGUGCUUGUGGUGCUUCGUGAGUGGGCCAUGUCUUUACUGGCUCAAAAAAUGGGCACAAGCACAACAGGAGCUUCCCUCAUUCUUGGUGGAACAUUCAAGCUGGGGCAAACAUCUGUCAUGAAUCAAGGGGUUCGAGACAAAAUCACCAGUGCAGCAAAUAGGUAUAUGACUGAGGUGCGGCGGUUGGCCCUUCCACAAAGCGAGACUGAGGCUGUCUACCAAGGUUUCCGAGAGCUUGAAGAAACACUAAUGAGUCCUAUACCUUUUGAGCCAUUCUGACUUUCCUCAACUUUUUCCCUUCUCGUGUGGAAGUUCUCAUGUGUUCCUUAGCUCAAGAUAAUGUGUAUUGCAUGAAUGAACAGAUAAUGUUAUGUUCUCUGAUUGGCAAUGCUAAAAUCACACUCUUGUGUAAUAUGCAAGGCUAGUUUCCGUCUUAUGAGAACCAUGGUGAAAUAAUAAUAUUCAUUAAUAUUUCAUAUUCUGUGAAGCAUGAGAGA